AUGAACAAACGCGGCUAAGGUCAAGGCAAUGCCGGUGGAGGUGGUCGAUUUAACAAAGGUGGAAAUAACAAAGGAAGCACUCAAUAAUAAUACAAAGAAGAUGGGUAUUAUGACAGCUAUGGUUUUUAUAUAAUAAAAAAUGGCAGCUACUAUGAUCCACAAGGUAGAUUCUUUGAUGUGGAUGGAUAUGAUGAGACUGGUGGAUAUUAUUAAGGCAGCAAAUACAUUCCUGGAAAUUUGCCACCCAAAAGUACUAAUAGUAACUAUGAUGUGAAGAAUAGCAAGUAGAAGGAUUUUGUAAGUAAUAGCAAUAGUAAUAGUGCAGUCAGCAGUACAGUAACUCAAGUCUAAAGUAGCUAGAAGUCAUAAAAUAUUAGCAAUUAAACUGAGAAAAAGGAAGACUCUAAAGUUGUGUCAUCAUCAGAUAAAGGAUCAUAAAACUCUAGCGAAUAAAAGGCAUCUAAGGAUAAAUAAGAGAAGUAGUUGGUAAAAACUAUUUCUGAUGAAUUUAAUGAAGAUAUCGAUCAGUUGAAAAGCAAAGUGAAAUCAUUAGCAUUAGCAACAAAUGAAGAUGUUGAGAUUCAAACAUUAGAAGGUGCUAGGAUAAGAGACAUCUGUCCAAGUUCAAAAUGGUGCAAGGAUUAGAUGUGCAUCAGAUAUCAUCCAGCCUGGAUGCAGAGGUACUGCUUUGGCUUCUUGAACAGUGACUGCAGAUCUACUAGAUGCUAGCAAGAACAUAAGCAUUGGAAUGAUUUGGUGAGACUCAUCAAGCAGAAUGAAACUUAUGAUAUUUUUACUAAGAGUCCAUUUAAGAAAGUAGAGAUGUUUCGCAUUAUUGGCAGCUAGAGCAGAGGAGGAUAUUAAGGACCCAGGAAAGACUAUGAUUACUACAGAUAAUUUUAUGAGCCGCCAAAAGCAUAAGUAAAAUUAGAGAAAACUGAGUAUUCUAUUUUGUUUGAGAGUCAAGAAAAGCAAACCAACUCUAAGAAUAACUCUCCUAAAAAAUCUUCUUAGAGAAACUCAGACGUCAGUGAACCAGCUAUGAGUAAAAGAAACUCGAAAGAGAUUAAAACGAACACUCCUUUAAAUAAUGAACAAAAGCAGUCAGAAUAAGAGUUUCAACCUGCAAAGGUAGAAGUUGAUGUGAAGAAGAUUAUGGAGGCUCAAGAGUUUAAACCAACAAAAAAGACUUCUCAGCCGUUCGCUCCCUAAUUUAAUUAAACAACAUUUACAGAGUUCCAACCCAAUACUUCUUUCUAAUAAGCAGAUGCUAAUGCCUUUAACUAUUAACCACAGUUUCAACAAGACUAUUAGUAAAUGGUUCCUCCAGAAUAGUAUGAUUAAUGGGAUUACAACCAAACUGAUGAAUAUGGAUAUUAGUAAGACUAUACCUAAUCCUAAUAAUACACACAGAAUUAUGACCCUAUAACUAUCGGUGGAGAAUUCAUUCCUCAGACUGGCAUUCAAUAGUAAUACCCUGUCCAAUAGACACCAAUUUAUCAAUAUGAUUAAUUUCAGCCCCAGUAGCAACCUAUGUAUGGCUAGUCAAGUACUCCAUUUAUUCCUUAGAAGAAGGCUUUUGUCCCUGACUAUAAUCAGUAUAAUCAGUUUUAGCAACAGCAAAUGGAAUAACCUAUUUAAUACUAGGAAGAUUAUAAAUAGCAGGAGUAUGAUUACAGCCAAACGAAUACAUUCUAAAACUAUCAGAACAGUGGCACUUUUGUACCUAGGAGAUAUUGA